GUUCCUUGGGGCAGGUUUGUCCUCUUUAUCUAACUUACAAUAUUUUGUUUAAUGAUAACUUUCAAAAAGAUCUCAUGUAUAUAAUUUCGGACCAUAGUGCUUUUACAACACAUUGCUUCUCAUGUCAAAUGCCCUUUCCAACUCAACCGCAAGUUAUGAUUGGACGUAGUAGUAAUAUAACGUCAAUAGAUUCUAGCGGAAGAUAUAAUUGUCCCAAAUGCAAGAAGCAUUUUUGUAUUGA